GAGUCAUUUUUACUACAUGAUGUCAUCCUGUACACGUUAAAGAUUAUUAACACUAACCGGUCAACUUCCAAUACAGUGUGGUUUUGUGUGCGACUUGAGCUCAGUUGAAGCUGUUAAACAUGGAGAUUGAGGAAGAGAGUACAAAAGAAAUCUUCCCAGAAGAUUCUGACGAACAAAUCCACAGAGAUGAGAAAAAACAAGAAACAAGCAGACACAACAUUUGCCAGCACUUCCUCUUGGGCAGAUGUCAUUUUGGAGACAGAUGUCGACUGUCUCACAGUGUGCUUGAUGUCCCUCAAAGUACACAAACAGAGGAAGAUCACAGACUGGUUACAGAAAAGCAGAGCAUGGACCGUAAAAACAGAAAAAUGAUGAAUAAGGAAAAGAAAGAGAAGCAGCAUGCAAAGAUUGAGCGGGAAGGGAUAAAGAAGAAGCCACGCAUGCGUACUGCCGAUGAUGUCAUAUCCAGGAUUCUAUGGGACACCUCUGUGGACCCAGCUGAUUUUAUGGUCGGUCACUUGGACCGGUUCCUCGGGGUGCUGGAACGCCCAUUCUCCGAAUUUUCAUGGGAUGCUCAGGUUUGUGACUGUGACUUUUCUGAGGAGCUUGCUCUCCCUCGUCACAGGAUCCAGUACUUCAGCUAUAAAGGUCAGCGUGUGUGGGACAAAGAGAGUCGUACUGACAGGGUGUUUGGUUCCACGGGGCAGACUAUUGUGCCUCCUUUUGGGGAUGAGAAUCAACAACAAGAAAAUGUAAUACCUGAUGCUGGACAACAGGAAGAGACUGCCAACAUGGAAGAUGUUUCAAAUGACCUAGAGCAAGCAACUUCAGAAUUUUCUAAAGAUCAUUAUGAUGUUGUAACUACACUUACAACAAACAAACGUGAGCUGGGAAAUGAAGUAGAACACUCAUUAGCUGAAAAUACUGAUAAGGAAUCCUGUGUUAACACUAUACUUUUGCAAGAUGAACCUCCAGUUGAAGACAAAAAGAUGCAGUCUACUGAAGAUCUUGGUUUAACUCAGUUGGCAGAGGAAUUAUUGCUUACUCAGAAAGGAGAAGAAAGCACUGAGAUAAAGGAAGAAUGGAAAGACAGCUGGGAUGGAAAGGGUGAUAAAGAAACAGAGCCUAUAUCCAUACCACAAGAACCACGGUCGAGCCGCCCACCACGCAGACCCACCCACUUCAUUUGCUUCCGCGUGGAUUCUCCCGCAGUUCUUCAGGCCUUCCUGCGCAUUCAGAGGAAGGUGUUGUUGCACGUCCCUCAGUCAGAGCCACUAUGGGUCAACACGGCAACCUUACACGUCACUCUCUCCUUACUUGUGCUCAAGGGCCCUGAAGAAGUCAGUGCUGCUGCUGAACUCCUGCGCACCACUAUCAGAAACUCCCACAAACCCCCUAUAUCUGUGACCUUCACCCCAAAACUAAAGCACUUUAAUGGGACUGUUCUCCACGUGAUGCCUCAGCCACUCUCAGAUGUCCAGAGCCUGAAUACUCCUCUGCAGGAUGCCUUCAGUAAGAAAGGCUGGCUUCAUCGCCAUUCACGAUGCCCAUCGUACCAUCUCACCCUGGCCAAAGCAGAGGAGCGCUUUACAGAGAAGAUGUUCGAAGGGAUAGGGUCAGUGAAACUGGCCAAAGAUAUAAACUUUGGCAAGCUAGAAGUAAAUAAACUAUAUCUUUGUGUGAACGGUCAACCCAAAACCGAAAGUGGUUUCUACAAGGUUGUAUGUAAUGUGCAAUUACCCAAUGUUUAAAGUGCUGGGUUUUAUAUCAUCUGAACUCAGGGAUAAUGAAUAUAAUCACAUUAAAUACAGAACAUAUUUAAAAUCAAAGAUGAAAUUAUUUUAAUAAUAAUGAUCGUUCUUAAGACCAAUGAUCUUAUUCUUGUCCUCCUAAUAUUACUUAUUUACAACACAUGUUUAGAUAUUGUAUAGGUUUCCCAAUUAAUGGCUGCCAAAUUGUAUUGUUUUAAGAAAAUUAGACAUCAAAGUAUUUAAAAAAUCCUACAAUUAGCCCUGAUAUAAUGUUGUUGCAUUAAGGGAAACAAAUAAUUGUGUUUAUAUUCUUUCUUUGCCAACAAAAUGUAUUUUAUUAAACUUAAAGGUUGAAAACUUUUUCCCCCCCAUUUCCUAACAUCAUUGUUUUCCUAAGUAUGUGGUAGAACGUCUCAAUUUUCAGUGGAGUAAAGCACCAUUCCAUUGUAGAUGUGAGGUGUAAACGUAGCUAAAUCAAUUUUUAGUUUUCAUUGCAUUAUUUCUAUAUUGUAGUCUGUGUCAGAAAUUUACUUUUUUUUUUUUAUUAAUGAGCAAUAUUUGACCCUGAAUUUGUCUUCUCUGUCUCAUUAAUACAUUUUCAAAACUGACAAUUUGUUCCCUAUUAUACUGAAUUUCAAUUAACAUUAUCUAAUUUGAUGCCAUAAUAUUUAUAACUAGGACAAUAAUGGAAUAAGCAGAACUAUGUCUGAUGUUACAAACAAAAAAACAGAAACAUACGCCUUUUUAGCCCCUGCAUUUUGAAUUGCAAGUGCAUUUUUGGACUGCGCCCCUCUUAAUUUCUGACCCUAAUUGUUGUUUGUUCCAGGAGAACUUUUUUGAACAGCUUAGACACUUGAAUAUGUGGUAAUCCUUAAUAAGUUUGUACAAACAAAUGUGUUACGUCUGUUCAGUCAAUUUUUCUUAGAUGCAUCUAAGUGGUUCCAGUCUAAGGAAGUUAUUUUGGAUCACUUAUGAAUUGGAUGUUAGGAUGAGGGAGUAUUUUUUUGUUGUUGAAAGUGGACUUCAUAUAAAUAAGUAAUACACCAUGUAUUUCAACUGUUUUUAUAGUACAUGCUUUAAAUUAUGCAAGACCUAACAAACAGCUCUGAACAGCUGUGCAUUUAUCCCCUUGAAUGUCUUAAACCUAGUGUAGUAUUAAAAAAAAAAAGAGAUGAAUUAAUAAAAAUGAAGCAUUCUGAGGAAAAUGUCUUGAUCUUUAAGAGUGGGUUGCAUGAGUGUCUUACAGUAGCAGCACUGUCUGAGAUGUCACUGGUGAAGUCUUACAUACUGUACAUAAUAUGAUUUCCUCAUGGAUACUUGCACACUA